AUGCGGGCCUCGGCGUCGGCGGCGGCACUGCUGCUCCUGCCGUGGAUGCUGCUGCUGCAUGCGGAAGCCGCGGGCAACGGGAGCUGCGCGCGGACCUGCGGGGCCUUGACGGUGCAGUACCCGUUCGGCUUCUCCCCCGGCUGCGAGAUACCGCUCGGGUGCGAGGACCAGGCGAACGGCACCGCGUGGCUCGGGGAGACGCGCGAGCUGGGCCUGCUGGUGCACAACGUCACGGCGCGCGCCGUCGUCCUCGCCGUGCCCCAGGACGGCGACAGUCGUACCUUGACAGCAUUCUUAGGAAAUGUGGACUGUCAAAAGAUGCCAUACAUAAAGGAGUAUGGUAGCAAGGCUGAUGCAAAGCCUCUGGCAGAUAUUAUCGAGAUGUCGCCACAAAUGCUUCUGGAAUGCUUGAAGGCAUUCUAUGGCAUUGUGACUGGAACAGAAGGUUCCUUGCCUGAAUUUGAGCAACUGCAGGUUCCAAGGUUACGUUCAGAUGCCUGCUAUGGUUUGGCAAGAGCUCUAGCAGAAUCUUAUGAGCUCAUUUACAGUGCAGUGAUGGAUCCAAAUAACAGUUAUCCUGACCCAAGGUCGUUGGUUAAGCACUCUCCUGAACAGAUAAGAAGUAUACUGGAAAUCUGA